AUAAGGUACCGAGCGUUUGGCAUGAUGAGGUCGGAUAACGAUGGGAUGGACCUCAAAAACGACAACACAUCUUCGUAACGCCUCGCUCAAGAAUUACCGGACUCAGCCGCGAUUCUGUUCUCUCUUCAAUAAUGCCUUCAACUAUCAUCAGGAGAUUCGCCAACGCGGGCACGACCAGCUCCAAGGGCACCGAGACCUUCACUGGCGACGUCUGGGUUGACCCCGUCCACAACACGCCAGACACCAAGAUCAACAAUGUCCUCUUCUCCCCCGGCGCCCGCAGCCAUUGGCAUACGCACGAGCACGGUCAGCUCCUCAGGGUCGUCGCCGGCUCCGGCUGGAUCUGCGACCAGGGCAGCCAGCCCCGCCGCCUCGUCGCCGGCGACAUCGUCUGGGCUGAAGCAGGCACCACACACUGGCACGGCGGCGAUGACGGCAGUUUCAUGUGUCAUCUGGCCGUCAGCCACGGGGCGACGACGUGGCAUGGCCAGGUGACGGAUGACGAGUAUGCAAAGAAGACCUCUGCGGCUGCAUCUUCUUAGGGACAGUGUUGCCGACCCUAUUAGAUGCCGGGUUGUUAGAUUUGGGCUCAGUUUG